AUGGAGAGGGUAGGGAGCAAACAACUUAAAUCAUUAGACAUCACUUCUUCAAAUCAUCGUUCCUUUUCUGGCUCACAUGGAAGUCACAAUUGGAAAAAAGGCCUUGAAACGCCUCCAGUACUAAGCAGAGCAAUGAAAGAGCCACCAAAAGAACAAAAAGACUCAUCAACAGGUCAAUUGAUCAACAUUCGUCAAGUACUAGCCCGUCCUAGCCCAAAGAAGGAAGACGAGAAAACGAGUACAGAGAAUGAAAAUAAUGGGAUCUUUUCUUGGUCAGAUGAACAGCUGGCCGAAAGAUACAAUUUCAUCAAAGAGGUCGGAUUCGGUAAUUGGGGGAGCUGUUGGCGCGUGACAGCGAAACAGGAUGCUGUCAACUUGGUUGCUGAUAAAGAAUACGCUAUCAAACUUGUUCAUCGUCAUGGUACCCCUCCUUCCAAUGCUCGUGUCAAAGCACUUUGGAACGAAUACAAAGUCUUACGCUCUUGCGGCAAGCCUGGUCAUCCAAACUUGGUACAUUUCAAAGAGUUUAUUAUUACUCCAUCUUAUGCCUUGGUGGCAAUGGAUUAUUAUCGUCAAGCAAUGAAUGUGGCUUUACCAGUUUCACUCUAUGCUGGACCGAAUGGUUAUUUCAAACAGCUGCUUUCUUCUAUCAAUUGGCUGCACGAGCGAAAAGUAACUCAUUGCGAUAUCAAAGUUGCCAAUCUGUUGGUAGACUUGACCGAUGAUACUGUUCGUGGUCGUCCUAUCUUGGUAGAUUUUGGCUUUGCCACGUUGCACGAUGCAAAAACAAACUUUCAAAGUACGCAAACUUGGGGUACACCAGAAUACCUCAGUCCUGAACGAAGCAGAGGUGAUCGUCAUGAUGAGCGACUAUCUGACAUUUGGGCUUUGGGUGUGACGUUUUUCGAGAUUGCCACCGGUCGUACACCUUUCGAGCAAGAUGAUGAACAAUUUCUUACCAAAGAACAGCUGGACGAAUACUACAGACGAACGAUCAAUCCCGAAUGGGUUGGCACUUGGUCGAUCCCCAAGUCGUUGGAGAAAUUAUGCAAGAGAAUGUUGACGCCAGAACCAGAGAAGCGUAUUUUCACAGGAGAAGCUUUACAUCAUUCUUUUUUUCGAGAGGACUUCUCCGAUGAUCUUGGUGAUAUAGACGCUUCUUUGCGUGAAGAGUUGAGAAAAGAAUGUCGAGACAGCAAUAUGACUGAAUCACUUGUUUUGGAUCCUGCAAAUGAGGACAGUAUGCUGGAAGCUGAUUUCAACGUCAGAACACCGCGCAAGGAUCAAAACGGACAAGCGCAUAGUUCAUCCUCAAUCAAAUUCAAACAAAGCAAUGCAAGUGUACUUCUUACGCCAGAUCGCGCAAGAGAGAAUGGGUCCAGACAAUCUCCUGACGUAUCUUUGACCAGCACUGGUUUGAAUCACAUGUCUGCACAAGAGUUUACACCGCCGUGUGUUCCUAAAAAAGAUAACCGUCGUGAACAGGUCCGCAUCAUUCUUGACGAAUCAGAUAGCGAAGAUAUACGGAACACGAGUGGAAUGGCUGAUUUGACGGCAAGUUCAUUCGGUCAGGAUCUUGCUUCUGACGAUGACGUCACCGAUGCCAAUCUUAUCUUGCAACAACAGCAACACCAACAAGGCACAUCUAGCUCUGGUUCAGUGUUUAGAGAAUUGAUUUGGCAGACGCCACCUCCAAAAGCAGGCAGCCGUACUCGUUCGGCGAGUGAUGGCAACGAAAGCACUCCAAGCAAACCCACAUCAUCAACCAUGAAGAAAAGCCCUUAUCCUCCAUCUUCCAGUCGAAAGACUGCUGUGAAUAAAGGGACAUCAUCUUCCGAACGACGUCAUAGCCAACAAGAUUCUCCGAAAGUUGGCGAUUCAUCCAUCAUCAUUCACGGUACGAGUUUCGAGAUGGCAACACCAACACACACUUCCUACGCAAAGUCGUAUACCAAGCAAGAAUUCGAUCAAGCUGUCAAAAAGCUUAACGAAAGCGUGCUUAGCAUCGAUAAGAGUAAGAUGAAUGAUGCGCAUUCACCAAUGUCGGAAAAGAGAAUUCACUCAAACGGUGAGGUCUCACCACGAAGUCCCUCGGUCCUAUUGCCACAAAGCGCGCUUUUCGCCAAUAUUGAUGCACAGGCAAUGGUUUCCGAUCGUGCCUCAUUGCAAACUCGAAUGUCUGAUUUGUCAAAAAUGGAACAGCAAAUUCAAGAAUUCCGUCAAUCAACGCUAUUGCAACAAGAGAACGCAAUUACCGCAAAUAAUUUGAGAGAAUUGAAUUCCGAGCAAAUUUUCGCGAAAUUGGCAGAAAUGGACGAAUUGGCAAGAACACUGGCAAUGAUGGUACGUGAGACACGAGCCGCAUUGCAACAUUACUGUGAUCAAGAUACAAUUUCCAAUGCAUCUCAGCGUUACAUGUCGCCACAACCUCAUCAAGUGCAACAUCGAAUGAGCAAAACGAUCAUCACUGUUGAAAAUCCCAAUCAAAAGAAGCACAAACGUCAAUUGAGUCUGUCAAAGCUGAAUCUCUUUUCUUCGAGACGUAAGCAAUCCGUUGCCUCAAAUAUGCAAAUGGGGAUGGCCGUGAAACAAGAUCAAAUCGUUAGCCCGGCGCAUGCAAAUAGAUGUACCAGCAGUAUGGCAGGUCCUAGACAAUCGAGCGGAGUCUUUUCCACAAUGUCUCAACGCCAGAAUGGACUUUCUGACAACCAAAUGUAUGCUGAUCCAGCAAAUGACAUGGCGCAAAAGAGCUCAGAAAUUUUAAUGAGAGAUCAAAACGAUCCGACAAGUAUGUUCGUUUCGAGCAUCCCAUCCGCUUCUCAAGCAUUGUGGUGGCAACAAACUGCAAAUCAAGCGCAAAUGCAAGGUGUCACUGGUGCCGACUUGGCAUACUCCCCUGUCAAUCAGACGAGAAGGGUCGAUGAUCAAAAAUCGAAAGCCAACUAUCCGCCAUCUUCAUCGACCUCUGCGAAAAAGUUGGCAUCGCUUAAUCGUCCAAGUACUGCUUCAGGUGCGUUGCCAUCUUUUGGCCAGUCUGGAAGUGGAAUGAGACGUACGAGCGAGCCAGAUGCGGGAAUGGGUGCACUCGCAGUCUCCUUGGGUAAUGAUCACGAUAAACAAAGAGGCACUUCUUUGAGGCACAAGAUGUCAAAAGUCAAGACGUUCACUUUAAGUCGCACAAAUUCGGUCACCUCCAAUCAAGGUAAUCGAACGAGCAUUGUGGUUUCGCCGAAGCAUUUCGAGCAUCAUCCGGAUAAUAUGAUCAAUCCUGAUUCUGGCUCUGCACAUUCCCAUCAAACACAACAAGAACGUAUGAUGGACCUACAGACGAUGGCCAUGCAUGGAAUGCCGGUUUCUCCAAUGAUGCAUAGCGAAGCACAUUCACCGAACAAUUCGUUGAGUUCGAUGCCAAGGUACAUCCUUGACGGUAGAGCCUCUCCUACAGUUCUUCACCCAUCUCCUCAUCUCAAUCGUGAGAGAAGCACAAGCGUGAGCCAAAAUGCACAAUCUCCUAACCAUUCGGGAGGCGUAUUAUGGCGUUUGCUCACAAAUCGAGUUCAAAAUCAAGGUCGUAACGCAACUUGA